UGCUUCAAAGCUCAGUCCCUCAAUCACCUUUCAGCUCUUCUAACCCCAAUGCCAUGAAGACGAAGCGGCGCCGAUCGCAAUGACGGUGACUCCGUGGUCCACGAACACUCCUUCAAGCGAUCGAAUCGGAAGGAACUUCUCCGGCGAGAAGACGGUGGACGAAGGCAAGGGGCACGUGGACGAGCAGGUUUUAGAACUCCAGUCAGAUGGCGAAUCCACCGGCCUCAAACUCCUAGGGCUUCUACUCCAAUGCGCGGGGUUCGUAGCCAUGGACAAGCUCGACUUCGCCAAUGACCUCGCCGGAGAUCGACAUAUCUCCUUGCCAUUCGGGAUGUCGCCGGAGUGUGUACUUCACCCGAUAACCGCUAAAUUGGUAUCCCUAACUCAGUCGUGGCUUAUCUUCAACGAUUCUUCAAUUUCUGUCAGUGUUCGUUCCAAUUUCCACUUUAAUCAAAUCAAUAGGUGCUACUAGGAAGCAAUGUUAAAUCUCAACUCUGUAAUUUGAGUUCGAUUUCUUGCGACAUCGAACAUGUAGGGUUUCCAUAUAAUGUUAACUUCGUUUACCUGGUUCUUAUUUCGAUCGAGUGUAGGGUUUGGAUUUGAGCUGAUCUGGUCUGAGCUGAUUCCAUUUCUUCUGAUUUUAUAAUGGUAAUGCUGCAUUUGCAACCGCUCAUCCGAGCUUCCGAUCGCUGACCUUGUUUCUCUGCCAUUGGUGAUUUGUCUUUGUUUUCCUGAAAUGCUGCCCGGCUUUCACCUGAUUACAAAUACACAAGGCAGUGACUUCUUCUGAAGAAGUGAUUUGGAUUGCUUCCAACCCAACAGCCACCUCCAAAGUAUUAAGCGAUUACAAGUUGUGACUUCUGAGUUCUGACCGUUAAGUAUUUUCAUUCCAUGCUUAUCUGUGUUUGUUGAUUUGGUGCUGGUAUUAAGUUUUCCGCCAUUCCAUGCGUAGCAGUGUUUGUUGAUCUUUCUUUUAUGUUUUGGAUUCUGUUCUCUGCCUCAUUUGAUUAACAGCAAGUUUCUGCUUCUUUGUUGAGAAGUCUGGGUAGGUUUUCACUUGCUUGAGAAUUCUUGCUGGAUUUAAGAGAGCAAUCUAGUUAUGGAUUAGUAUGUAUGGUUGUGCUUGGUAUUGGCUACCAUUGUUACAAUGGAGUUUCUCCCUGCUUGCAACAUCUAUCCCUGAAGGAAAUUUUGUAUACUUUAUUGUUCACAAAUUACAAGUAUUAUUUAUGUAUCCUAAUUCUUCUCUCUCUUUCUCUGUACAUAUAUCUAUGUAUGCUUAUAUAUAGCUUAUAUAUAUGUAUGUAUAUGAUCUAUAUAUAUUACAAUGACUGAACUGGGGAUCCCUUAACAUUAGGGAUUGAAAAUCGGAAACUAUGCCAAAAUAACUAACGAUGGUAAGAGUACUAUAUUUUGAUUUAGAGCUCAUAAAUGCCCAUCUAUGAUUCAUAAUUUUAAUGCUUAAUAGUGUACUGCCUCUUGCUGUUUAGAUGUAUGGUUGAUAUGAAGUUGAUAACAGACAUGGACUUAACUAUUUAAUUGUGGCAAAUAUGGAAUGUUAUCUCAGAGAUGCUCUGUGUGCGUACAUUUACAAAUCUGAAAUGGCCUGUCCGGACAUUUAGUUUUAAUUAUACUGGGGAACUAAGUGCUUCAGCAAGUGAAGACUUGUUGAUUGAUUUUUCUAAUGUUCAAACUGGACAAACAGUGCAUCAAACCAGAUGUUGUAACUUAUAUCUAGAGAAACCACAGCCAAGAGUGAGGUUCUGUCAAAUUAAGAUGACGCAGCAGAAUGUGGUAGUGUCUGAUUCCCAAUCUGGAGUUGCCCUACCAGUUUUCCCAACAUCAUCACAAAAGCCACAAGGAGGGUACAUUCCCAUUCCUAGGAUGAGGGUCUUGAAGAACCUUGAAAUCAAUGCAUGGAUUGAGUCCAUGAGAUCCUGCUCUCCCACACAUCGUAAAUCCGCAUCCUCUUUUGCUGAAGAGCGAAGCUCUUGGAUGCUUAACCACCCAUCGGCAUUAGACAUGUUUGACGAAAUUAUGGAAGCAUCAAAGGGAAAGCAAAUUGUCAUGUUUUUGGACUAUGAUGGUACACUGUCCCCUAUAGUGGACGACGCUGACUGUGCUUUUAUGUCUGAUUCGAUGAGAAAAACAGUGAGGAAGCUUGCAAGGUGUUGUCCUACUGCUAUAGUGACUGGCAGAAGCAAGGACAAGGUGUACAAUUUUGUUCGGUUGGCAGAGCUAUAUUAUGCUGGAAGCCAUGGCAUGGAUAUUAAAGGGCCAACAAGAAGUUCCAAAUACAACAAAGAUAGCAAAGCUAAAACAAUUCUUUUUCAACCUGCCAGUGAAUUUCUUCCAAUGAUAAAUGAGGUGUACCAACAAUUGGUUGAGAAGACAAAAUCAACUCCUGGAGCCAAGGUUGAGAACAACAAGUUCUGCACCUCCGUUCAUUUUCGUUGCGUUGAUGAACAGAAAUGGAGUGAACUGGCAUACCAAGUGAAAUCAGUGAUAAAGAACUACCCAAAGCUUCGCCUUACACAAGGAAGAAAGGUACUAGAGAUUCGUCCUGCUAUUAAAUGGGACAAAGGAAAAGCCCUGGAAUUUUUAUUAGAGUCACUUGGAUUGGCCAAUUGCAGCGAUGUGUUUCCUGUUUAUAUUGGCGAUGAUCGAUCUGAUGAAGAUGCGUUCAAGAAAUUAAGAGACAGAGGACAAGGCUUUGGCAUUCUUGUGUCGAAGUUUCCAAAAGACACAAGUGCAUCUUACUCUUUGCAGGAACCCAAUGAGGUGAUGUAUUUUCUUCAACGCUUGGUGGAGUGGAAACAUGGAUCACUGCGAGCGGGAGUUAUGAGUCACAUGAAAUGAAAUGUACAUGCUCUACCCUGCCACUAAAAGGAAGUUGAGCUUGGGUAGAUAUAAGGUCAUUUUGUAUUUUUCGCUGAAGACAGAAGAAAAGAAAGAAAAAGAUGUAUGGGAACAGAAAGACAAAAAAGUGUCUUUGUUGGUUUGAAACAAAUGUCUACAUUCAUGUAAUUAGCUAAGUAGUACGUACUACGUAGAAUAUGUAAAAGUUAAUAUGUAAGUUGGAAUGAAUAGAUUUCUGUGCUUUCCCUCA